GGCAUCGGCAUCGGCAUCGGCAUUGGUAACGACAUCGACAUCGGCGCUCGCUGCAGAGUUACGACAGCAGCUGCUCAGGAGGGCCAUCGCGAGGGUAAAUACAUGCGAUUGCGGCCCGGGUGACGAGUGCGCGGGUGCGGAGCUCCCGGGGGCAAAAGCCGGGAGCAGCCGCUGAAAGGCCGAGGAGCCGCGACGUCUGCUCUGUGGCCCGUGUCGCCCCGUCGUCCGGGAUGCCGACGAAGGGGGAGCGCAGCAACAAGGUGACGGACUUCAGCAUCGCGGCCAUCAUGGCGCCCAAGGGUCCGUCCUUUGAGCAUUACCACCUGCAGGGUUUGGCUGCGGCCGCCGGCAAUGCGUCGGCCAACAUCGCCCUGGAAUGCAGCAGCAGGGCCACUUACGUCGCGACCAGCCCGACGCUCGACCACCGAAUACCGUCAUCGCCGGUGAACAUCCUAGCUACGGCAACGGUAGUAACGGAGGAGGCCCUCCUCGAGGACGACGAGCUCGACGAAGCCACGGGUGCGGGCAUCGACGUGGAGAGCGUCGCGACUGACAAGUCCAUAAACGAGGUCGACGACGAGGAGGUCGACGUUGACGUGGAGGAGUGCAGCAGCGUGGACGAGGCGCCCCUGAGCCUCGCCAGUCCGGAUAAGGUCCUGCUUAAGCGACGCAGAUCGAGUCUCGAGGAGCAGGAGCCCGAGGAGUCGACCGGCAGCGGGAGGAAGAAGCGGCGCCAGGCGCCGCCGCUCUGCAACUCCGAGGAGUUGCGCGACGUCGAAUGCCACUUGGAGACGAAGGAGCUGUGGGACAAGUUUAACGACCUUGGCACCGAGAUGAUCAUUACGAAGACCGGCAGGAGGAUGUUUCCCACCUGCAGAGUGUCCUUCAGCGGCCUGAAGAACGACAGCCUGUACGCGGUGCUGAUGGACAUCGUGCCCGUGGACAACAAGCGCUACCGCUACGCCUACCACAAGAGCUCGUGGCUCGUUGCGGGCAAGGCCGAUCCCCCGGCGCCGGCGCGCCUCUACGUUCAUCCGGACUCGCCCUUCAGCGGCGAGCAGCUGCGCAAGCAGGUCGUCUCCUUCGAGAAGGUCAAGCUCACCAACAACGACAUGGACAAGCACGGACAGAUUAUAUUGAACUCGAUGCAUCGAUAUCAGCCGAGAAUACACUUGGUGAGGUGCAGAAACAACGGAAAAGCGCAAAUUGCGGAUCUCGAGAAGGAGGAACACAAGACCUUUAUCUUUCCCGAGGCAAUUUUUACGGCCGUCACAGCCUACCAAAAUCAACUGAUAACGAGGCUGAAAAUCGACAGCAACCCAUUUGCCAAAGGCUUCAGGGACUCUUCGCGUCUAACGGAAUUCGACCGGGAUCCGAUGGAGCUAAUGGAGCAGCAACUUGUGCGCUGCGGUGUACCGCCUGUGCGCCUAUACGAGCACCUCGCCCUGAGCUCGCCCUCGGCUCUUCAGCAGCAACAACAGCAUCAUCAGCAACAUCAGCAGCACCAUCACCAACAACAACAGCAACAGCAGCAGCAGCAGCAGCAGCAGCAACAGUCCUGGCUGGCGCCGUCGGCCGCUCUUCUGUACGCUGCCGCGGCGCGGGGUGCGACGGCCGCCCCUCCGGCACCGGGCGCCGGUAGCCCCUUCUCCGGCAGCUACCCCUACCCGGGGGCUGCGGCGUGGCCGUGGCAACCGGCUCCCGUCGCGAUCAUCGGCUCGCCCCGGCGGGCCUCGCCGCCGAGCGUCCCCGGGCUCAGGUUCGCGCCCUACCCGAGCCCCCGGGGCUCCGCGUCCCCGGUUGCCGCCGCUCUGAGGUCCGCCACCCCCAAUUAGCGGAACGCCCACUAGGUGGGGCGGGAGCUUUUUUCAUCCCGCGCGCGUUCGCCGCACGGUCGACGAGCUUUUUCCGCCUCGCCCACCGGAUGGAUGGACUGGUGGUCGUGCAUGGGGUGGGACAUCGAUCGCUCGACCUCCAAUCGAGCCUUGCGCUUCUGCACGCGCCCGGCAGUCCCUCGGACUCC